AUGAAUGCCAAGCCAUUCUCCAACGCUGAUGGAACUUCGACCUACGAGGAUUCGGAUGUGGAGCAUCUGUCCUUCGCAUCAGAAAUGACGGAGAUGCGUGAUGAAGUCAGCUACUGCUUCGGUCAGAAAUAUUUCGACUGCGUCAUAUCGCAGCAAGUGCUGCAAGAUUGCAGUCCGUACGACACCCCCUCUGAGGUGGAUUCUCGUCUUUUUUGUCACAUGCGAGAUUUCCCGUACGACAGGUGUCUCGCGUCACUCGCCGAGAUCGAUUCAGUCGAGCGGCCGAAUCGUUUUCAGGUGGUUGCCGCCGAUCCCCGCACAAGAAUGCUGAUUCUGGUGGGAUGGAUCAUUCACGAAGGAUCCGCACGUGCGAAGCAGCAGAUGCUGCAGACAGUGAGGACGCUACAUCAAGACCAAAGAGGGAAGAGCAGGGAUGGAAAGCGCUCGAGAUCGGCAAGCGGCAGUUGUGGACCAGAAUUGCCCACCGCACGCAGCGCUCCCACAAAUCCGGGGGUCUACAGCAUGGCUGUCAACAACCAUGGGAUGAAGAUUGGGGCCAAACCUCUGUACAGUUCGGAACAUAUGUCAGCGGAUCCCAACCUGUUCAAGACGGUUAUGACGUUCAUGGAUCGUACGUUCGAAGGUAAAGCUGCAAGUUCCAAGUUGGCGCAGCACGAAGCUGCCAAACAAGCGUGUAGCUUUUUCAAGCUACAGGUGUGA